GAUGUGCUCGAGUACGUGCACGGGCUGGCCCAGGGCGAGCAGCGCGCGUGCAGACAUCUUGAUGCACCUUCUACGCGAGUGGCCCUGCGGGAGGUGCUGCGAGGUCGAUCCCAGUGCGGGGCGGGGGCGACCAACGACUCACUGGCGCCCUUCCAGCAAGGCCGACUGUCGCUGCCAGAGUCGGUGGAGGGCCCCCCUCGCAUUGGCGAUGUCUGCGGCAGGCGCGGCCACUACCUGGGGCGGAAGGGCGAGCGCGUGCUUGAGCCCGUUGCCGAGGUCGCGGCCGAUCUCGAGCGCGACGGCGCUCGUUGCUACUGCGACCCCGCCUUGGUGAAGCACAAGACAGACCUCGACGACGACCUGUUGGCGUCCGUGGCCGAGCGGCUCUCGGUGACGGCGGGCGUCGCCGACGUGAAGGACGCGUUCCACAGGUCGAGGGUGCCGCCCUUCUUGCGGCGCUACUUCCGCUUCCCCUCGGUGCGCAGCGGCGCGGCCGGCCUGGCUGGCCAAGUCGUGGGGGGCGUCGUGCUGACGGGCAACGAGCAGGUCUGGCCUUGUCCCGUCGCCUUCCCCAUGGGCUUCUCCUGGGGCCUGUUCUUCUGCCGGGUGUCGGGCGAGGAGCUGGCCUGCGUUGCGCCGCCGCUUAGCCCUGACAGCCUCCUGCGUGACCGUGGGCGGCCGUUGGUGCUGGGGUGCGAGCGCGGGGUGGCUCUUCGCCACUACAUCUACGUGGGCAACAUGGGGAUCGUGGGGGCGGAGUCGGAGCGCGUCAAGUCGACGCUCGACGGAGUGGCCGAGGUCUUCAUGCAGGAGGGGCUGCUGGUGCACGAGCAGGCCAGGCGCGGCAGGCCAUUGCAGGACUGCUGCAGCGCGGCCACUGUUCGGGGAACGCUCUGGAGGUCCUGCUGGGCCACUUGA